AUGCAGUCCGCAGCUAAACUCUGCAGAAAUUUCGCCCUCGGUCAUUGUCCUCAGGGCGACCAGUGCAAAUACCUGCACCCUCUAGUUCCAUCAUUUCUCCCCGCAUACGCUGCACCACGGCCUGCAGCGGCAUCGCAUGCACAAGGCCAGCUUAACCCUUACUCCAGGGUGCAAGCAGGUCCUGGUGGAGAAUGGCUGCCCUCAACAUUCCACGCACAGCAGUCUGAGAUGCCGCAGCUCAACUGGCCGAAUCCUACCCCCUCCACUUCUGCCGCAGGAACAACUCCACACGUCUCUUUUCCUCAAUUUAAACCCUUAUCCUGGAGGACCACAUUAUGCAGGCAUUUUACAAAGAAUAGAGGAUGGUGCCCGCUUGGUGAUGAAUGCAAUUAUAUACACGACUUGGAACUCGCAGAGAUCGCUCUCGAAGACGCCAGGUUUCCCCCGCGUAGAGGCUUGACCGGGCCUCCGGGUGGUCGAGAUGGCCAAAGCAAGGCCGGGACAAAGCACAGUCACUGUUGGGCCUACGUCCAGGGCAUGUGUCACGUCAAAGACUGUCCCUAUCUGCAUCCGGUAGCCGUCCACAGAUUUGUCCGCCACACGCCCUGUCUACAGUGGCCCAAUUGCCCCAAGGGCGUACUGUGUCCAUACAAGCACCCUGAGCCCAUCAUCCCAAAGGUGCCCGUCCUCCCCCCUUCGAUCGAGUCCCCGCACCGCGCAAGGCAGCCGAGCCCCGCAGAUAAUACCCUCUCCGGCGCGGUGCAGUACUACGGGACGACGUACUUCCCCCUCCAGCCCCAGACUAAUGUCUCUCCGUCCGCUCCACCCGCCCCGAGACCCCACCUCCCUGCCCCUCCUGCGCACAUGCACCCACACCCGCACCCACCGCCAGCCCCGCUCCAGCUUCCGCCGCCGCCGCCGAUGCGGCCUUACGACGCCCCGUCGCUUGAGUACACGCACUCCUUCGGCUCGCAGUCGUUCGGCUCCCCGCCGUGGAUGGGCCCACGCACGCCGAUCUCGCCGCCAACACAGAUGACGGGUGUGUACGCGUACGAUCCGCACGCGCCGUACCCACAUCCCCACCCACACGCCCUCACCACGCCCGACUACCGCAUGCCGGUGCCAAUGCCCUCCCCGGCGUGGAAGGGCCAUAUUAUUUACGAGGCGGACGUGCGGCCGCUGUCGUUCCCCGCUCCUCCCUCGAUGUCCGCCGUCCCGCAGGGCGCGCUGCAGCUGCAGGGCCCGAGUGGUAGCGGACCGCCGCAGAGGGUGGUGCACCCGCCUGCAGAGGGGAGCGUCGCGACAGGCGUGGCGGUGCCCGCGGGGCCGAGUGCGACUGGGGAGGACGAAUUCCCGUACGUGCCGCCAAAGAUGCAGCGCGUGGGGCACGCGCGGCGGAUCAGCGUGGCACUGCGGAGCAAGGAGGACAGCGACGCGCUCGGGCUGUUCAAGGGGGACGCGGUGCGGAGGGAGAGCUGGCAGACCCACGGCACGCGCCAUGCGCACAAGAGCUGGGCGCCCUCGUCGUCGGGCAUUCCCUUCCUAUGA